UGUGGGUUGGGGUGUCUUUCACUGACAGAUCGAGUUCUCUGCGGCGACCGUUCGAAUUAGGGUUAGGGUUAGGGUUUCCAAUUCAUGGAGGAGAUCACCGAAGGUGUGAACAAUCUCAGCGUGAGUGAUUCUCACAAGAAAAACAGGAUCCAGGUCUCCAACACCAAGAAGCCCCUCUUCUUCUACGUUAAUCUCGCCAAGAGGUAUAUGCAGCAGCACGACGAAGUGGAACUAUCUGCGCUUGGGAUGGCUAUUGCAACUGUUGUGACUAUAGCUGAGAUCUUGAAGAACAAUGGGCUUGCUGUAGAGAAGAAGAUAAUGACCUCAACUGUCGAUAUGAAGGAUGAGUCGAGGGGUCGGCCUAUCCAAAAAGCUAAGAUUGAGAUAUUGCUGGGGAAGACGGAGAAUUUUGAUGAAUUAAUGGCUGCUGCUGCAGAGGAGAGGGAAGGGGCCAAUGGUGGGGAGCAAAAUUGAUGGUUGGGAUUUUUACUUAGCAUUAGAUAUGUCUUGUCUCUGAUAUUGACUGAUUAUUUGUGUUGAAUCAGCCUAGCCUGCAUUUGUAGUGAGUUGAUACAGUUACUUUCAUUGAGUUCAUUUAAUCUCAUGUUCUGAUUAUAUCCCCAAGUUGGUGCGAGUCCUGUGAAAUCAAGAUGUAUGUGUGUUUUAAUUAUUAUUUUUUUAUAUC